AUGGAACUUUGUGAUUUAAUAUUAAUUCCAAAUCUUGACAAUGUCAUAUUAAUAGAUAAAAGUGAUGGAAACAGUAAGAACAUUGAUGGAACACUGUGCAUUAGCAGUCACCAUCUUCUUUGGUCUUCGCGGCAAGGCGAUGGACAAGAGCUUUGGCUAUUAUAUCGAAAUAUUGAUCUUAUAGAGAAAAAAUUGAACACUCAAAGUCCAGGUGGUAGUAUUAUAUUAAAAUGUAAAGAUUUUCGUAUUCUUCAAUUAGAUAUUAAUUCAACAGAUGAUUUAACAAAUGUUGUAUUAUCUAUAGAAAAAUUAACAUCUCAAGAGCAAACUUUACAGUAUCCCUUUUUUAAUAGACCACAUAUAACUAGUAAUACCAUGAUACAAGUAGAAGAUGGAUGGACUGCAUUUAUCCCUGUAUCAGAAUGGUCCAGAUUAUUAACUGCUUUUGCAGAUGAAUGGCGCAUUAGUUAUUUAAAUAAGGACUAUAAAGUUUGCAAUUCUUAUCCUUCUGCUGUUAUUGUGCCACGUCACAUAGAGGAUAAAAUUAUAAUAUCCUCUGCUGGUUUUAGAGAUGGUGGAAGAUUUCCUGUUUUAUGUUACAGACAUGAAGGAGGGAGUUUUUUAUUAAGAAGCAGUCAACCAAUGUGUGGCACUAAUGGUAAAAGGUGUAAGGAAGAUGAAAGAUUAUUAAAUGCAGUGUUAGGUCCAGGUAGACGUGGUUACAUAAUAGAUACAAGGUCUGUUAGUCAAGCUCAAAGUUCCAGAGCGAAGGGCGGUGGUACUGAAAUGGAUGCCGCUUAUCCGCAGUGGCGGAAAGUACACACAGCUGUUCCGCGACCACAUGAUUUAGCAGAUAGUUUUUUUAAACUGAUAGAAGCUUGCAAUGACACAACGUGUUCUACUUCUCAGUGGAUUUCAAGGCUUGAUAAUGGUGGAUGGUUGUCUGCUGUACAAAGUGCUUUAAAUGCUGCUUGUGUAACUGCUCAGUGCCUUCAUAAAGAAGUAGCAGCUGUGUUAGUUCAUGGAAGUGCUGGUAGAGAUUCUACUUUAGUGGUAACCAGCUUAGCACAAGCAAUACUAAAUCCGGAUUGCAGAACUGUACGUGGCAUUCAGGCCUUGAUCGAACGUGAAUGGAUACAAGCGGGCCAUCAAUUUUUUAGCCGCACACGUCAUGGGCCAUACCAUUCAUCGAAUUCACAAAAUUCAACGCAUGCCCCGACUUUUCUUCUUUUCCUUGACUGCCUUUAUCAACUUCAUUAUCAAUUUCAAUUUAGCUUUGAAUAUACAGUAGAAUUGUUAAUUGAAUUAUACAAUCACGCGUAUUGUUCCAAUUAUGGAACAUUUCUAGGUGAUUCAGAAGCAGAAAGAGUUAGUCUUCGGUUAUCCGAACGGACGUGUAGUUUAUGGUCAUACAUAAAUCAACCGGAAACAUUAGAGAAAUGGUUGAACCCUUUGUAUGAACCAAAUUCUGGAGUUAUUUGGCCUAGUGUGGCGCCUAUUAGUAUUCAAUUGUGGAAAGAACUUUAUCUUGCCCACACGAGUGCUGCCCCAUGGAAAGGUUUACUAUCAUGUAUAAAGCAAAUAAAAGAAAAUUAUGCGGCCGUACGGAAAGUUGCCGGUCAAUUAAAAAUUCAAAUUAAACGAGCAAUAGAGGAAAUGCGUUCAAACCCUGAUAUAUCUUAUGAAGAGGAAAAUCAAGAUGAACAUACUUGUAUAGCACAAUUAAGCUUAGAAUCUCAAAGCAUUUGA